AUGGAGCGCGCGAGAGCUGCAAGAUUCAUCUGGAGAUAUCAUGUUCUCUACAACGAUACUCAGCUCGACGCCAAUACUGUUCACGAGUCUCAUUACAUACAGGCUCCAUGGAUUGAUAGUCCUUCAUUGAUCAGUGAUUUAGUAAAUCCAUCUGAUUUGGUUGUCAAGGAAGACAUGGAUUUCAUACCCAGUACAGGUGGACUUGUCUGGAUUACCGGAUCGGGAAAUAUCGCAAAGAAUUUAGAUGUUCAGCGCACCGUUCGACGCCAUGUCAUGAUAAGGCACUAUCAAGAUAAGAAGCAGAGGAAAGCAGCAUAUUUGGAAAGAAAACCGGUAUCAGUAGCUCGUAGCAAGUUGGUUCAAGGCUCGCUGCAGCUUCGCGAGCUAGAAAGUAGCCACCUACGUGUGUCUACGAAACCCACUGAAUAUCAAGAACUUGUGCCUUAUUCAUCAUCACCAAGUGCUCAAACUAGAGAACCAAAGCUGUAUUGUUCAUUAUGUGCAGGUUCAAGUGCAACCAAGGAGGGAUUCGACAUAGAAGGCUGUCGUUGUCAAAGACUGCUACACAAGGACUGCAUUAGUGAAUCCCCUACGAUGCAGAGAGAUCCCUUCUUUCAAUAUCCUAUUGAUGUUACUGCACAAGAUAUCAAACUUAUCGAGUAUAUAUUGGACGACAACAAUAUGAACAGGGUAGCCCACCGACACGAAACCCUCGCCAACGCUAUAUCAGAUCCCAUUGCUUUCCACCAGAUGCUAUCGACUUUUGCAUUGUGGAUGGUUUUUAAAUUAAAAUAUACUGGUGGAGCGAGUUAUCUUAACCAUGAUGCAAUCAUACACCAUAAUAAAGCAAUAAAAGCUGUAAGCCAAAGACUUCAUGAUGGCAUAGGUAUAACAGGCGAAGGGAUGAUAGCUGCAGUUCUAGGAUUUGCACACCAUGCACAUGUCAGAUUAGACUUUUCUGCUUGGAAAAGCCAUAUGGAUGGAGUAAAGCAAAUCGUCAAGCUCAGGGGUGGGGUCCAAACAUUGAACCAAGAUAUGAAAAAUACUUUGUACUGGCACGACUUGGGUGGAGCAUAUACUCAAGUCACUCCGCUACUUUUCGACUGGUCUACAGACACUAUCAGUAACCUCAUACUACUUCGCCCUCCUGCUAGAAGUUCAUCUUCAGCUUUCGAACGAGUGGCUAAAGUCUGGCUCAACCGAUUUCCGAGUCAGCAAGAGUUUCUCGGACUUCUUGAAUCACUAUCUUUGAUCGCUACUCACUUGAAUGAACAAUUUAUUCUCACUGGAUGUCCAGCAGAUGAAACAUUUCCACUCCGUUGCAUAAUCAAGCCAAUGAUUUACCGCUUUCUUAACUUCAACACCAUGAUAGAAAGAAAGGACGAGGCUUCUGUUUCUUCAUACGCGAUUCUGGAGUCAAGUCGUCUUGCAUCUCUUCUAUUCCUAGCACCUCUCCGUCGCCACUUUGGUGUGUUCCCAGUGUUCACAACUUUUCAGGUUGCCAAGCUCCGAAGACUACUCACUGAAAAUAAUGAUCUUGACUGGCACGGCUUAGAGACACUACAGUUCUGGAUACUAACCCUAGCAUAUCUAGAAUCUUCAGGUGACAAAAUGUGGUGGGAAGGCGCACGAGAUAACUUCGGAUCACGAUUUUCGUUAGAGAACCAGCUACCAGAGUUUAUAUGGAUAAAUGCCUUACAUGGUUCCCAACUAAGUAUCUUGAAUGAUCAUCUCUGA